AUGAGAAACAAAGGCCAUAAUAAGGUCAAAUCUCUACAUACAGUUUAAGAAAUUUCAAAUACCAAAACUUUCUUUAUAGGGAGAAUCACCUAAAGAUAAUUUAUAAAAAAUACCUUAUCUUCUCUACCUUUAGCUUAAAUUCCUUAAAUUUAAGGGUCUGCUCCAUUGAGUGGUAGAGUAGUUGCAAGAAAGAUUUUGAAAGGAACUUCAAUGAAAACUUUAGGGAGUGUUCCAGAUAAUGAAAUGAAGAAUCAAUAGUCUAUUUUUGAAUUGAUUGCUUCUGCAUAAUUCAAGAACAUUAUCUCUGAAGGAAAAUUAAAGAAGGAUGAGGAAACACACUUUACAUUAGAAGGACCACUUAAAUUUAAAGAUCAUUAGAGAAAGAAGAUUUUUAAGUAGAGUUUGAAUAUUGAGAGUUAGUCUAUUUAAUCAGAAGAUAAUAUGAAUAUCUAAAUAUUCUUAAAGAAUAUUAGAUAAAUCAUAACUACUAGUCAUAUCUAACAUAAUGAAAUUCAAACAAAUGAGAAUAGUUUCUUAUCAGAUAAAUUUAAAACUCAGAUGACAAGUCCUCGAUUUACAUUAACUAAUCAUUUGUCAACUAUUCAAUUUCAAAAUUAGCCUACUUAAAUUUAUAAAGCUGGUAGUACAAUAAUGUUGGAUCCAAUUGAGGAGAAAAAGGUAUAACUGUAACCUACAAUGCAAAUCAAUAGAAAAAAGUUGACUAUCUCUGUGUACAAUCCAGAAAAUUAAAUAGGAGUCUAUUCAUUCAGUGUUCCAGAUUAUUGUAAGAAAUUGGAAGAUGUUAAUGAGGAUAUAUAAGAAUAUACUGAUAAACCCAAACAUGUUUUAAAGUAGGCAUUAUAAUUUGUAAGUUAAUUUAAAAUAAAUAUAGAUAUCCUUAUAACCUAAGAAGAUGACAUCAAAAUUCUCUAAAUCUAUUUAAAAGAUAAUUGGUAUAUCAGAUUAAGAGAAUCUAAAUGAAGAUGCUCGUUAAUUCUAUAAUAUAUAAAAAGUAAUUAUUUUAUAUAGUAAGACUAGUAGGUUUAUGAAAAUGUAUUUACAAAACAAGAUGUCACAAAUCUUUAUAAAAUUAGAGUAAAAUAUCUUAGUGCAUUUAAAAUUAAUACAAGAGAGACUUACUUCUAUAGAUAUUCUAAAAAUAUGUGAAAGUCAAUAAUCUAGUAGACUCUAAUCUUGUUAUACCAAUCCAAUUAAUAUCUAUCCUGAGUAAUUAUCAAAUCCAAUAUUUCAAAUUACUAUAGAGUAUAAUAGAUUUCAAUUUCAUUAAAUCUAUUAUUUCGAUUAAUCAUUUAUUGAUUAUUCAUAAAAUGAUCUAGAUAGUUUUGAUAGAGACUAUGAAAUUAUUUAAUGUUAAUCUAAACUUAAAAUAACAAAUCUGACUUCAUAUCUUAACUUCAUAAUAAAUACUUUAAAUCCAGAAACUCGAAAUAUCAUGCUACAAGAUCAUAAUUCCUUAAUUAAUAAUACGAUAAUCUAAGAUCCCUAUGAUAUCUAUCAUGAUAAUCAGAUUAUUAACAAAGUUAAUUCUUUAUAUAGAUAUUGUAAAAGAAGAGAUUAAAUAGCUCAAACUAAAAUAAUAUUGCAUUAAUAUAAUGAUAUUUUGACAGGUAUAUUUCAAGAUGAUCAUGAAAUUGAUAAUCUAACUAAUGAUUAUGGUUUGAUUGAAUUAGAUGAAUAGACACAAACACAAUAAUCUAUUAUUAAAAUAGAUAUGGCAAAAAUCUAUAUUAAAUCUGCAAAACCUAUUAAAAAUAAGACAUCUUAUCAUGAUCAACUUCCAACAAAUGAAAUACCUAAUUCAAAAAUAAAUUCAAAAAAAAUUAUAUCUUCACCUAGACAUUAAACAAUCAAUUAUACAUCUAAUAAUUCAAAACCUAUUAAAUAAUUACUUUAAACUACUACAAGUUAAACCAAUGUUAUACAAAAAAGAAACGAUUCUCCUUAAGAUGAGACUAGUUUUAAAGAAACAAGUAAUUUAAAUACUACAUAAUCAAAUAAAAUGAAGGCUACUUAGACUAUGUAAAAUACAACAAUGCCAAUUUCUUAAAAAGAAGAGGAUUUACUUAAACCCACAAAGAGUUAAGAAAGAAGAAAUGCUAUUACUGUUAUUUCUUCUAUGAGUAAACAUGCUCUAUAAAUGAGAACAUAAAUUACUGAAUCUCGUAGAAGAUAAUCUGUUCCAUUUAUAGAGAAAAUCAAAUUACUUAUUGAAGAAUAAAAAUUAUCAGAAGUACUUUAUAUUAUAGUAUAAUUUUAGCUUAAAGAAGAAUUUACUAACAAUCCAAAUUUGUCAAUUAAUGAAUUUUUAAAAGGAAACAACACUUAUUUAAUUUUAGCAGCUUAGACUGGAAAUAUUGAGAUUGUAGAAUUUUUAUUAAGUAAAGGUGCAAAAGUCAAUUUAUAAAAUGUAUUAAUUUAAUUUAUUCUUUAAAUUAGAAUGAUGGAGACACUGCUUUGCAUAAAGCUAUAGCAUAUCAAUUCUAUAAUGUUGCUGAUCUCUUAAUUGCACAAGGAGCACAAAACUUACGUAAUUGUAAUGGAAUGAGUCCUUGGCAAUUAGUUUAAUGA